AUGUCUGAAAAUGGUCCAGUGUUUUGGCUGGGACCACCUGCACCCAGAGCCUUCUCUAUCUUCACAAGGGUAUUGCAGGUAGUCACACUUAUACUCGUUGCCGUCUGGGUGCUACAUGACCUUGGUGGUGUGGCAUUUUCUCCAAAGCGGAUCAAUCUUCUAGUGAAUGACACCGGAGUGAUCUUCAACUGGCACCCUCUACUCAUGACCCUGGCCUUCCCAGUGCUCAUGGGCGAGGCAGUCAUAGCCUACCGGGCACCCGUGGCCUCCAACCUGGACAGGGGUCAGAGAAAGCUCCUCCACGCCCUGUUGCAGAUCAUUGCAGUGGUGGCCGCUUUGCUGGGCGUGAUUGCUGCCUUUCAGUCGCACAACUUAAAGAAGCCCCUGCCGAUCCCCAACCUGUACUCAGCACAUUCAUACCUGGGCAUCUUCACACUGAUCCUUCUUGGGCUACAGGCGAUUUUGGGCUUCACUGCAUUCCUCUAUCCAACAUUCUCCAAGUCCAACCGUGAAGCUCUGGCCCCCUGGCACACGUUCCUGGGCAGGGCCACCUUCAUCAUGGGCCUUGCCACCAUGGCGGUUGGCAUUCAAGAGAAGACGCAGUUUGUGGCAGCAGCAAAGAAGUUGGCGGGGGCGGGCCUGUACUCCAGCGCACUGAGGCUUCCAGCCACGAUCGAGAUCUUCCUAGCGCUCGUGGGAAUGGCCGUCCUGUACCACCAUGUGCCCGGCCCCUCCACCCGGCGUGAAGCUGACACCCUUCUGCCCGAUGUGCUGCAAGACGCCUGA